GGCUUUCGCCUCUACGUGGUGACCGACCGGCAGCAAACCGCCGGUCGCCCCUUGGCGGAGGUGAUCGCCGCCGCGGCGCGCGGCGGGACACAGCGAACGGAGUUGCGCGAAAAAGAUCUCAGCGCCCGCGAGCUUUACGACCUGGGCGCGCGCCUGCAAGAAGUGCUGAGCCCCCACCGGGUGCCGCUGCUGAUCAACGACCGCCUCGACGUCGCCCUGGCCCUGAACGCUGACGGCGUUCACCUUGCCGGUCACUCUCUGCCCACCCGAACCGCCCGCCGUGUGCUGGGACCCGACAAGCUCCUUGGCGUUUCCACCCACAGCCUCGACGCGGCGCGCCAAGCCGCGGAGGACGGCGCCGACUUCGUGGUCUUCGGCCCCGUCUUCGCCACCCCCUCCAAACUGGCCUACGGCCCGCCGCAGGGCCUGCCGCAACUGGCCGCGGUGGUGCGCGAGGUUCCGAUACCCGUGCUGGGCAUCGGCGGCAUCACGCCCGCCAACUUGCUGCAGGUGCGGCAAACCGGGGCGCAUGGCGUCGCCAUGAUUCGCGCCGUCCUGGCAGCGCCCGAUCCGUGUGGGGCGACCCAAGAGUUGUGUCGUUUACUGGCCGAAUAA